GAUUUCAACAAUCAUCGCUUGGUGGUUUUGGCAUUUCGUGGUGCAAGCGAUAUGAAAAUGUAUGGUGUUGAGGGUGAUAGCGAAGGUGCAUUCUGUCGACCGCAGGGAAUAACAGCCGAUAAUGAAGGACAUGUUCUCGUAUGCGACUCACGUAAUAAUCGUAUUCAGGUUACCUUUUUCAGUUCAAAAGCAAUAACAACCACAACAGUAGCAGCAGCAGCAGCUAAUGUACCGUCAACAUCAUCUUCUACGGCAACAACUUCAAAGUCGGCCCAAUCAGUGGUGCCGCCCGCGCAGCAAGUUACAUCGGCAGCAAGUGCUGCUGCUGCUUCAACACUUUUUCCAAUUCUUGAUCGUCCCACCGAUCUGUGCGUCUCACCGGAUGGCCUAAUCUACGUUGUGGAUUUUGGAAGUAGUUGUGUUCGUGUCUAUUAG